AUGGGUUGUAUUGCUUUAAAGAGCGAUUAGUUAAAGAAUACCUAAAAACAAGCCUUGUAACUUAGUUAAACCUAAUAAAUAUAAUGUGAAGAAUAAUCAAAAUUAUAAAUGACUAAAUCACCGUUAUCAUGUAGUAUAAGAGCUACUUCAAUUAAUAACUCAAAACCCAUCUCUAAGGAAAAACAGAUUAGGAUAGAAAAACUUUUAUUUAAUAAAAAAAGUAAUAUAAAUGGCAACUUAUUUUAAUGCCCUUAAGAAGAAUAAGCAUACUAGAGAACAAUAAUUAGACUAAUAGCAAGUUGA